CCAUCAGGUACACAGCAUUUUCUCUUUCAGACUCCCCAGGAGACUCAGGGCUUAAACACUCAGAAGAAAGGAAGACAAGGAAAAGGCACCCAUGAAGAAGAGAGUGGCCAUCCUUGGAGCUGGCAUCAGUGGCCUGGCCUCCAUCAGGAGCUGUCUGGAGGAGGGGCUGGAGCCCACCUGCUUUGAGAGGAGCAAUGAUGUUGGGGGUCUGUGGAAAUUCUCAGACCAUAUAGAAGAGGGCAGGGCUAGUAUUUACCGCUCAGUCUUCACCAACUCUUCCAAAGAAAUGAUGUGUUUUCCAGACUUCCCCUUUCCUGAUGAUUUUCCCAACUUUAUGCAUAACAGCAAGCUCCAAGAAUACAUCACUUCAUUUGCCAAAGAAAAAAACCUUGUAAAAUACAUACGAUUUGAGACAUUUGUAACCAGUAUAAAUAAAUGUCCCGAUUUCUCAGUUACUGGCAAAUGGGAAGUUACCACUGAAAAGAAUGGUAAAAAAGAAACAGCUGUCUUUGAUGCUGUAAUGAUUUGUUCUGGGCAUCAUGUAUAUCCCCAUCUACCCAAAGACUCCUUUCCAGGACUGGACCGUUUUAAAGGCAAAUGCUUCCACAGCAGGGACUAUAAAGAGCCAGAGAUGUGGAAGGGAAAACGAAUCCUGGUGAUUGGCUUGGGGAACUCAGGCUGUGACAUUGCUGCAGAACUCAGCCACAUAGCUCAACAGGUCGUCAUCAGCUCCAGAAGUGGAUCUUGGGUGAUGAGCCGGGUCUGGAAUGAUGGCUACCCCUGGGACAUGAUGGUGAUCACUCGAUUUCAAACUUUCCUCAAGAACAACUUACCCACAGCCAUCUCUGAUUGGUGGUACAUGAGGCAGAUGAAUGCAAGAUUCAAGCACGAAAACUAUGGCUUGAUCCCUUUAAAUGGAACCCUCAGGAAAGAGCCCGUGUUCAAUGACGAGCUCCCAGCCCGCAUCCUGUGUGGUACUGUGUCCAUCAAGCCUAAUGUGAAGGAGUUCACAGAGACAUCUGCUGUAUUUGAAGAUGGGACUGUGUUUGAGGCCAUUGACUGUGUCAUCUUCGCAACAGGCUACAGUUAUGCCUACCCCUUCCUGGAUGACUCCAUCAUCAAAAGCAGAAAUAAUGAAGUCACCUUGUACAAAGGCAUCUUCCCUCCUCAACUGGAGAAACCAACCAUGGCAGUGAUUGGCCUUGUCCAGUCCCUAGGUGCUGCCAUCCCCACAACUGACCUUCAGGCACGCUGGGCUGCACAAGUAAUAAAGGGAACUUGCAUUUUGCCUUCUGUAAAAGACAUGAUGGAUGAUAUUGAUGAGAAAAUGGGGAAAAAACUCAAAUGGUUUGGCAACAGUGAGACUAUCCAGACAGAUUAUGUUGUUUACAUGGAUGAACUGGCCUCCUUUAUUGGAGCAAAGCCCAAUAUCCUACAUCUGUUUCUCAAGGAUCCCAGAUUGGCCUUGGAAGUGUUCUUUGGCCCCUGCAGCCCCUACCAGUUCCGCUUGGAAGGCCCAGGGAAAUGGUCAGGAGCCAGGAAUGCCAUCCUAACCCAAUGGGACCGGUCACUGAAGCCUCUGAAGACACGCGUCGUUGGCAUUCAGAAGUCUUGCUUAUACUUCCGUUUGCUCAAGCUCCUUAGUCUUCCUAUUCUGCUCAUUGCUCUCUUUCUUUGUGUUGAUCUGAUCGCGAUUCCCUCUAUAAUUUCUGGUAGUCACUGACAAUAACCAUGCAGAAACUUUGCUAUUGAAAAACUAAGAUUUCAUGCCUCUCCCUUUCCUGUUCAAGAUCAAUUGGUAGGAUAGGGAGGCAUAUUAAUUAGUAAGAAGGACAGUGUUUGCUCUGGCCUUAUAAACAAGUCCAGUUCAGAAUCAUGUCUUCAGGGGCAUAAGUCUAUUCUCUUUAAGUUCCACUACACUUCAUAAUGAGAACUGUCUUUGUUAAACUUGAAUCAUUUUCUGAAACAGUUGGAAGCGGUUCCUUUUCCCUUUUAAAGAAAGCUUGAAAGAUGUACUUCAAAUACAAACAGUGAAUAAAAUCCAUCAUGCAGAAUAUGA